AUUUUGUUCCCGCUUCAAGCUCGAAAGUGAAAGUGGAAAUUUAAGAAGAUGCCAGUCAUUGUACGUCAGAAACGUAGAAGCAGCAAUAGCCCUGCUUGUCAUGGGAAGACGAAUGAUUCCGGUACUAGUAAGGAAGAUGCUAAUGAGGAAAAUGGAAAGAAGACUCCUAGAAGGGGAAGCCCUUGCAAGCAAAGUUUGGACAAAGAUGUCAGUAAAACGUCAUCAGGCAGAUCAAGGUUAAGACGGAAAUCCCCUACAGAUUCUCCCAAAAAAUCUUCGAGCAGUUCACAAGGACAUGUUUCUAAUGAAACUGAUGAAGAAUCUGAUGAUGAUGUUAUAAAACCAGUGUCGUCUGCCAAAAAAGCUAGAAAGAUUUACUCUAGUGAUGACUCUGAUGCUGCAGAAACAUCCUCUGGUAAACAAAAAGGUUCAGAUAAUGAUGACAAGAGUAAUGAUGAAAAGGAUGUUACUAAGUCUUCUAAGUCUUCAAAGAAAAAGGUCAAGAGGAUAAAGAAAACUAGUACACAGAAUGGGGACAGGGAAAAACAUAGCAGCAGUGGAUCAGAUACAGACAGCAGCAGCAGCAGCAGCAGCAGUGGAUCAGAUACAGACAGCUGCUGCAGCAGUAGUAGUUCUGAUACCCACAGUUAUCACUCUGGACAUGGUAACAUUAUACAGCAGUUAAGGGCAAUACAAAAAGAAGAUGAUGGCAUGUUAAAUUUGCUUCAAUAUUACAUCCUGUGGUUUGCUUUGAAAGCCGGUGGGGAAGACUGUGAUGACGGUGGGGAAGACUGUGAUGACGAGUUAAAAGAAAUAUGUGAUGCUAAGAAAAGGUUGGACGGCAGACUGGAGCAGAAGAUGAAUAUAUGUGUGAGUCAGGCUUGGGGAGCAGACUUUAGCAAAGACGUAAAGGCCUAUCCACAAUUCAAUGAUUAUGUAAAACAUGAAGAUCUGAGUGGAGGUGAUAUGCGUCACUUAGGGAAUUGUGAGGUGUGUAAUAGAGAAAACCAUCCUUGGUCAGUAAUUGUCAGACUAGAAGGCGAGCCGUAUAACAGGGAGACGUUUGAAACGUUUGUCAGAGAGGAAGGGGAAGACAUUGAUGAGUUACCCCCUGUGGAGUACUACAUGGGAUGUUUCUGUCACCCAAGAACAAAGCUUUUCCAUAAGCUAUAUCAUUUUGGGCAUUAUCUGUACCAUAGAUGCAAGAAAAUGCUGGAGGAGCUUGGUGAGGAUGAGGAGAAAAUUGCCAAAGUGGCCACAGAUAAAUCUUUGUUAAUUGAGAUGUAUAACAAGUUGAAGAAGUGGAUGGAGGAAGCAGACACAGAUUAUACUAAAGAUGGUCGAAGGGCAAAUAAUAAAUGGAUCCGGGAAUAUGAUUCUUUAAAUUAAAUUACUAGUAGUAUGCACCAAUUUGGUGGAAUUGUUAUAAGUUUAUAUUAUAAUCAUGGACCAUUAAAUUAUAGUAACAGACAUUAGAAAAAUAAUUCUAGCAAUAUUGAGUUGAAUUCAUUAACUUUUACCCUGCAAAAAUUCUAAAAUGAACUGGUCUGUCAUUCAGUUUGGUAUCAUUUAUUAUUCAAAGGGGUGUUCACUGAAAAUUUACUGACUGAAGAGCAAACAGUGCAGACCAUGAUCAGACUGCACGGAUGUGCAGGGUCAUCUGGGUCUGCAGUCUGCACUUGUUGCAAAGGCAGAAUUUCUUGCCACCAGCAGGCUAUAUGUUAAACAGUACCCAUAUACUGAGAAAUCAUUAAUACUAAAUGAGGGGGACUAAUUUUUGUGGAUAUUGUGGUUGAGACAAUCCACAAAAUUAAAUCCGAAUCAUUUUAUCUUCAAAAGUGAAAACAAAACAAUUCAUGUUCCUACAAAAUGAUUUUGGCACGUACCAUAAAAUUUCAUGCCCUAGAAAUUCAAGGACAGUAAAUUAAAGUUUUUGCAGUGAAAUUUAAGAAAUUUGUACUGAAAUAUCGGACUUCCUUUUGUACAGCAAUAUGGUAUAAGUAUAACGUAAAUCCACAGUGUUUGUAAAUGAUCAACUCUUGUGUUCAAAUGUUACAGACCAUGUUCCCAAGAUGUGUUCAACAAAACUUUUUUUGAGAGCCACAAACAGUGGCAUUCUCUGAUGAAACUUGGUACAUGUACAUUUAGAAUUUAAAUUUAGAAUCAGGUGUUCACUGUCUCUAUGUUAGAUGUUUUGGAGUGUUUUUAAUAUUGAGGAGAAUCACAGAGAGCUUAAUUGAAAUAGCUUUGUGGUAGAAACCCCACAUCCAGUGUGUGAGGUAGGGGUUUGCUUUCUGGCUACACAAUAUGAAGAAAGUGGUACCAGUAGCUCUCUUGUUUGGCACUCAGCACCCUAGUUUCAAUUGACACCAUUAGGAAUGAGAGGUCAGGAGUAAUUAGUAUAUGUUAUAGAACUUGUUUCACAAUGGACUAAAAUAGAUUAGUAUAAACUAGUAGAAUGGCAUUAAAAAAAAAAUUGUUUAAGCCAAAUGAGCCGUGCCAUGAGAAAACCAACAUAGUGCAAUUGCGACCAGAAUGGAUCCAGACCAGCCUGCGCAUCUGCGCAGACUAGUCAGGAUCAAUGCUGUUCGCUAGCGGUUGGUCUAAUUCCGAUAGGCUUUGAAAGCGAACAGCAUGGAUCCUGACCAGACUGCACAGAUGCGUAGGCUAGUCUGGAACCAUGCUGGUCACAAAGCCACUAUGUUGAUUUUCUAAUAGCAUGGCUCAUUUGGCUUAAAAAUGUAAUAAAAAUGUAUCCAGGUCACUGCAUAAAAAAUCCAUCUGAAACUCGGCUGGAUCUUUUAGUUCGUUUUCGCGUCUAGCCGUAUUUAUAUAUGCCAUCUGCAUGGAAAGCAACUUGACACAUCACUUUCGUGGCAUCACACUGAAUGUGAAACCGUCACUGAUAUGACCUGCCAUGAAGCUACCGUUCUUGACCUAUGCAUCACAGGCAUAUCAAUGCCAAGCAUUAUUUCUGUUGGAUAGACUAUAGUCGGGAUCACAUUAACUGCUGUGCACAUAUUGCCUCUUUUUUGUGGUGUUUAGGCCUAGUCCGCUGCAAAGAACAGUCUUCAAUUCAGUUUUCACAGAAGGAAGAACAUGAAGUAAUAAAUGCGUGUGACAUGUGUCUAAGAAAUCAAUAUAUACCCACAGAAGAAGACGAAAAAAUAAAGGAAUGAAAAGUAUAUAAGAAAUACAAAAAAUAAUAAAAACAUAAUGGAGAACAAAUUACAUCCUCAUCGCUAGUGGCGUGCGCGUCGCGAGGGGUGAUGGGGGGCAUGCAGAAGAUUACCUGGCGUGUUGCAAGUAUGUUAAAGCACAUAUUUGUCAAUCUGCUGUAACAAACAACCAGGAUAAGCCAAUGAAAAUUUAACCCAACGAAUAAUAAUGAAUUCACAGUAUUUGCUUCUUUCACUACUUUACCUGUAUAACCUGCCUAUGGGUACCCUUUCAAACAUUUGUAUAGUAUUUGAGUUACAAACAGGUGUAAAAAUAUGUGACUAUCAAUAUAUUAAAAAUGAAUAUAAAAAGUAUUGGUUACUUUACAUUUGGGAACACCCUGUAGUUAUAUAUUUUUUGUUUAAAAGUACUGUUCCACCCCUUGCAUCAACACAAUAGUCACAGAAAAUGUGUAUAAUUAAUAUCUACAUAUGCUGGCCAAAUAUGGUUUUGAUGCACGGGUGGGAACAAUGUUGUAUAAAGCAAAACACUUUUUAUAUCUAUAUAACAGGGUACGUAAUUCUAUUUAGAACAAAAGUCACUGUUCUAUGAAACAAAUAUUGAAAAUUUGACUUUAAGAAAUAACCUCAAAUAUGUAUUUUGAUGGCAUAUGUAAUUAAACACUUAUUUCUUAGUAGUUUAUUUUUCACUCUUGGAGUAGGCAAAUUCAUAUAGAAAGUGUCCGAAGUCCUUCAUUUGUUAAUAGACAUUUUAUUAUUAUGUCUCCCACCAGACAUAUUGAUUUACUCCAGUCUGUGUGUGUGUGUCUGUCUGUCUGUGUGUCUGUCACAAAGCUUGUCUGCACUCUAAGUCGAACAUUUCUUGUCCGAUCUUCACCAAACUUGAACAAAAUGUGUCUGCCAAUAAGUGCUCGGCCAAGUUUGAUAACUAGCCAAAUCAGCCCAGGCACUUCAGAAUUAUGGCCCUUGAAUUACCAAAAAAACACUCAGAUUUUCUUGCGCAUUUUUGCCCUCAAACCGGGACAAUACACCAAAAGGACCCCUAUACUACUUUUAAAAGUAGUAUAGGGGUCCUUUU